CGGUCCCCGCUGCGCUCCGGGAUCCGGUUCCGCGGUGCCGGAGCCCGUGAGCGUUCGUGGCUGAGCCGGCCCGGUCAAGGGGCAGACGCGUGAUGUGCCAGGGGCCCCGUUAAGUUUGUGCUAAGGGAUCGUUAUGGCCCUUAAUUAGCGACAGCUGCAAACAAUAACCUGGCGCUAACGGUCAUCACCGCCUCAGGUGAAGGUAAUUUGCAGGAAAGUUGGGUGAGGUGGAGUCUGGACAAAGGAGGCACAAGAGAAGGUUCUGGGUCAGUUGUGGGUCAGAGCCAGGCAGGCGAGGCCGCUUUCCCUGGGCUAUUCUUCCCCUGAAUUCCUGCCUGGCUCCAGGGAUUGCGCUGCAGGACGGGCUCCUGUGCAGUGCUGCUGUGAGACCCCGACAGCUCUUCCUGACGGCGUGGAGGGGUGAACACGAGCCUGAGCUCCCACCUGCCGCCCCACCCGAGGCACCUGCUCUUGGCCUUCAGAGCGCCCCGUGCGAGCGCCGCGGGAGGAGCUGGGCCCAGUAAAAGACCGUGCGCUCAGUGCCAGUGUCUAAUGGCCCCGAAGUGAAGAGCCAGGCGCUGCUCCGGCGGCGGCGCGGCCGGCCUGCCGCAGAUGAACCCUCCUAACUAGCGCCGAGGGGUCGGGAGGGACGGCGAGCAGGGGAGAGCCCGAGGGGCCAGCCGGGAAGACGAGGAUAGCGGUGGAUAGCGGUGUGCGGAAGAGGACGGACCCGCGAGCAGCUCCACGGCUACCUGUCGACACAUGCUGUGCUCCAUGGCUAACUCGGGCUGCCUCCUUGUCUCCAACUCAGGCAUGCUUCCUCACUCUCUCCCCUGUCCUCCAGCCUUCCUCUACCUCCAACAGGGUAACCAGGACGCCACGGCCCCGCCGGACGCCAUGGCCCAGCCCUACCCCCCCGCCCAGUACCCCCCGCCCCCCCAGAACGGGAUCCCCGCAGAGUUCGCCCCGCCGCACCCGCACCCCACGCAGGACUACUCGGGGCAGAGCACGGUCCCGGAGCACGCCAUGAGCCUCUACACACCAGCACAGAGCCACCCCGAGCCGGCGGGCAGCGACGCCAGCACGCAGUCCAUAGCAGGGACGCAGACGGUACCGCAGACGGACGAGGCGGCACAGACAGACAGCCAGCAGCUACACUCCUCAGACACCACAGACAAGCAGCAGCCCAAGAGGUUACACGUCUCCAACAUUCCCUUUCGGUUCCGGGACCCCGACCUGCGGCAAAUGUUUGGGCAAUUUGGGAAAAUCCUGGACGUGGAGAUCAUUUUCAAUGAGCGGGGCUCCAAGGGUUUUGGGUUUGUAACUUUUGAAACUAGCACAGAUGCCGACCGGGCACGGGAGAAGCUGAAUGGCACCAUCGUAGAGGGCCGGAAGAUUGAGGUGAACAACGCCACGGCCCGAGUCAUGACCAACAAGAAGGUGGCCAACCCCUACACCAACGGCUGGAAGCUGAACCCGGUGGUGGGAGCAGUCUAUGGCCCCGAAUUCUACGCAGUAACGGGGUUCCCGUACCCCGCCACGGGGACGGCCGUGGCCUACCGAGGGGCGCACCUGCGGGGCCGGGGCCGUGCCGUGUACAACACCUUCCGUGCCGCGCCGCCGCCGCCGCCCAUCCCCGCCUACGGCGCGGUCGUCUACCAGGAUGGGUUCUACGGAGCUGAGAUCUACGGGGGCUAUGCUGCCUACAGGUACGCCCAGCCCGCAGCAGCAGCGGCCGCCUACAGCGACAGCUACGGCAGAGUGUACGCAGCAGCAGACCCCUACCACCACACCAUCGGCCCCGCCGCCACGUACAGCAUUGGCACCAUGGCUAGUCUAUACCGAGGAGGGUACAGCCGCUUCACUCCCUACUAGCAAGACAGACCCAGCCCCCCCACCACUGCCCCCGAUGCUCACUAGCACCAAACCCAACCAGGCAGAGCCGAGGCCGAGCCUGCGCAGGAGCCGCGGGUGCUGCCUGAGUGCCCCGGGCUGGCACUGGGCUCUGUGGGGCCGCAGCACCCACACCUGAGGGUUACCUGCAGCACCCACCCCUGAGGGUUACCUGCAGCACCCGCAAUACCUGAGGGUUACCUGCAGCACCCGCACCUGAGGGUUACCUGCAGCACCCACACCUGAGGGUUACCUGCAGCACCCACACCCGAGGGUUACCUGCAGCACCCACACCUGAGGGUUACCUGCAGCACCCCACACCUGAGGGUUACCUGCAGCACCCACACCUGAGGGUUACCUGCAGCACCCACACCUGAGGGUUACCUGCAGCACCCAUACCCUGAGGGUUACCUGCAGCACCCACCCCUGAGGGUUACCUGCAGCACCCAUACCCUGAGGGUUACCUGCAGCACCCACACAUGAGGGUUACCUGCAGCACCCACACCUGAGGGUUACCUGCAGCACCCACACCUGAGGGUUACCUGCAGCACCCACACCCUGAGGGUUACCUGCAGCACCCAUACCCUGAGGGUUACCUGCAGCACCCACACCUGAGGGUUACCUGCAGCACCCACACCCUGAGGGUUACCUGCAGCACCCACACCUGAGGGUUACCUCAGCCGCUCCGUCCUGCUGCCUCUCCUGCAGCAUCCGCCCGCCCCGGGGCCAGCCCCGAGCCCCAGCAGUGCCCGGGUCCCCCCUCUGCUCAGGGCUCAUCCCCCAUGGGGCAGGGGGUGCUCAGCCUGCAGGCAUGCUCGCUCCACAGGCGCUGGGGCUCGGGGUGACAGCAGCCCCCCGAGCAGCCCCUCUGCCCCCAUAGGAGAGAGAGGAGCCAGCUGGGCUUGCUGCCAGCUGUGGGGCUGGCAAGGCUGGGGUGGGUUCAGGAUCCUGGUGUGAUGGGCUGGGCUGGCUGCAGAGCUGGGUGUGAUGGGCUGGGCUGGGACAGUGCCCCUGGCCACCUGCUCGGCCUGAGUGCUCCCGCGAAAGACCUGCCUC